UUAAAUUUUUCUUUUGUUGGUUGUUAAAAUUUCGACGAAUUGACAAUUGUGGUUCAGUCAAACCCGUGCGGGAUGCUGGCCUUCAGGAUUUUAAAAUAGACUAGUGGAGGGAGAAAGGCAACAGGGACAGAAAAGAACAAUGGUGUAGCAAAGGGAACUGGGGAGUGGGAGGAAGGUUGGGGGAAGGGAACUUCAAAGAAGACCAGAAGCCCCAGAGAAAGCCACUCUUGAGAAGCUAAGCUAGAAUCCUUGGGGUGGGGCGGGGAGGGGGAGGAGCCAAUCGCGCGGCGCUUGCGCAAUGAGAGGCCCAGGUGCCCGCCGCCGCGGAAGCGUAACCACCUAGAGACGCCGCGCCGCUUGGGUGCCUGCGGCGCAUGCGCAGACGGAUCGGUCGCUGACUCUUCAGGGUCGCCGCCUCCACCGAGGUUGGCCCCAGAUUUGAGUCUCGCGCUCUUCGUUCGCUUACCGGCGGCUUCCCUCCCAUUCUCGCGCCCUGGGACGGCGAGGCUGGAAAAAGGGGUUGAGAGAGCUGUUGGCCGCCGCCUUUAACUUGUGCGUGGGGCGGCCAUGUCGGCCGGCGAGGUGGAGCGCCUGGUGGAGCUGAGCGGCGGGACCGGAGGGGAUGAGGAGGAAGAGUGGCUGUAUGGCGGCCCGUGGGACGUGCAUGUGCACAGUGACUUGGCAAAGGAUCUAGAUGAGAAUGAAGUUGAAAGGCCAGAAGAAGAAAAUGCCAGUGCUAAUCCUCCAUCUGGAAUUGAAGAAGAAGCUGCUGAAAAUGGCGUGGCAAAACCGAAAGUGACAGAGACUGAAGACGACAGUGAUAGUGACAGUGACGAUGAUGAAGAUGAUGUUCACGUCACUAUAGGAGACAUCAAAACAGGAGCACCACAGUAUGGGAGUUAUGGAACAGCACCAGUAAAUCUUAAUAUCAAGGCAGGGGGAAGAGUUUAUGGAAAUACAGGAACCAAAGUCAAAGGAGUGGACCUCGAUGCACCUGGCAGCAUUAAUGGAGUUCCACUCUUGGAAGUAGAUCUGGAUUCUUUUGAAGAUAAACCAUGGCGGAAACCUGGUGCUGAUCUUUCUGAUUAUUUUAACUAUGGCUUUAAUGAAGAUACUUGGAAAGCUUACUGUGAAAAACAAAAGAGGAUACGAAUGGGACUGGAAGUUAUACCUGUUACUUCAACCACAAACAAGAUUACGGCCGAAGACUGUACUAUGGAAGUUACACCAGGUGCAGAGAUCCAAGAUGGCAGAUUCAAUCUUUUUAAGGUACAGCAAGGGAGAACUGGAAAUUCAGAGAAAGAAGCAGCACUUCCAUCUACAAAAGCUGAGUUUACUUCUCCGCCAUCAUUGUUCAAGACUGGUCUGCCACCAAGCAGAAACAGCACCUCUUCUCAGUCUCAGACAAGUACUGCCUCCAGAAAAGCCAGUUCAAGCGUUGGGAAGUGGCAGGAUCGAUAUGGGAGGGCCGAGUCACCUGAUCUAAGGAGAUUACCUGGAGCAAUUGAUGUCAUUGGUCAAACAAUAACCAUCAGCCGAGUGGAAGGAAGACGGCGUGCAAAUGAGAACAGCAAUAUACAGGUCCUUUCUGACAGAUCUGCCACUGAAGUAGACAACAAUUUCAGCAAACCACCUCCAUUUUUCCCUCCAGGGGCUCCUCCUACUCACCUUCCUCCUCCUCCAUUUCUCCCACCACCUCCAACUGUCAGCACCGCCCCACCUCUCAUUCCACCACCAGGUUUCCCCCCUCCACCAGGCGCCCCACCUCCAUCUCUUAUACCAACAAUAGAAAGUGGCCAUUCCUCCGGGUAUGACAGCCGUUCUGCACGAGCGUUUCCCUAUGGCAAUGUCGCCUUUCCCCACCUUACCAGUUCUGCUCCCUCAUGGCCGAGCCUUGUGGACACCACCAAGCAGUGGGACUAUUAUGCAAGGAGAGAAAAAGACCGAGACCGAGACCGGGAGAGAGACCGAGACAGAGAGCGAGAGCGGGACCGGGACAGAGAAAGGGAGCGCACCCGGGAGCGGGAGCGAGAGCGCGACCACAGCCCCACCCCAAGUGUUUUCAACAGUGACGAAGAGCGAUACAGAUACAGGGAGUAUGCAGAGAGAGGCUAUGAGCGCCAUAGAGCUAGUCGGGAGAAAGAAGAGCGGCACAGAGAACGACGUCACAGAGAGAAGGAGGAAACAAGACACAAGUCCUCUCGCAGUAAUAGUAGACGUCGCCAUGAAAGUGAAGAAGGGGACAGUCACAGAAGACACAAGCACAAAAAGUCUAAAAGAAGCAAAGAAGGAAAAGAGGCUGGCAGCGAGCCGGUCCCAGAACAGGAGAGCACCGAAGCCGCCCCUGCCGAGUAGGCUCCACCUCUUCUGUACGUCAGUCCCAGAAAUAGAUGCUAUAAAUCUCCUUAUUUUUCUGGAUAAUGUUUAAGAAAUAUACCUUUAAUCUUGUUCUGUUAGAAUGAAACGUUAACUUUUUUCUUUUCCAAAAUAAAAGUGUGCAUUUUUUUGUGUUAAGUUAAAAAGCUUUGUCUUGUAAUAUUUAAAGAAUAAAAGACAGAAGUGACUUUAUAUCUAAGAAAGUAAUGUGAAUUAAGUCAUCAGGGGAUUUAGAGCUAAGGUUGACCAUGUGAUCACGGGAUGGUGAAGGCCAAGGCCUCAUCCUGGCUAGCUUUCUGGUUAGUGGGAUAGUGUUGCAGAAGAGGUGCUGCCCUGCAGACUCCCUCUUGACAUGAAGUCAGGCUUCAUCUUACUGCUGGGACACUCCUGCAUCUUCAAGAACUUGGACCCAGUCUUGAUAUCACAGUUUUUGAUAGCAGGUUUUCAGUGUUCUGAAUUUGAGUCCAUAGUAACUAAGUGGACUAUUUGUAUAUCUAAAUUCAUAAAUGGUAUGAGGCACUUGGGUACCCCUGUGAUGAAACUUGUGUGCUUCCUAGCAGGCACAUGAACCUGACUGGCAGAGCAUCAGACCAGUCCAUGGCCAUCUGAGCAAGGAUCAAGGUGCUCUGGCUGCUGUUAGUAUGUUUUCCAAGGAUCAACGGUAGCGUAGGACGUGGGGGAUUUUUUUUUUUAUAUCGUUUCCAUAUUAAGAAUAAAAAUAAAAAUAGACUCAGCGACAGUAGUGUUAGAUCAGUCAUUUCUUAUUAAAACCAGAGCACAGGUUAAACUCUGGACUAACCCCAAGAGGCAUUCUAGAGCAGCGAUGGGGCUAGGAGCCUAGUGUGUGAAAGAUGGGGCAGUUAGAGCCACCAGUAAGAGGACUGCUCUCACUUAGAAGAUACUCAUUUCUCAUUGAAAUCCUCCGCCAUUUAGCUUAAAUGCCCAUAAUAUACUCUGUCUUCAACUCUACCACAUUUGGAACUGACUUGAAUUAAGUGUGGCAUACAAACCAUGUAAAUCUUCAUGGGCUUUUUUAUUGAAUUAAAAAUAUAUAAACUUAAAAGACUUGGAGUAAUAAGAAAUCCUCUACACCAAAUAAAAAUUAUCACUAGUUUUUAUUUUUGAGAACAGUCUCUGAGGUGUAACUUUUCAUAAUAUCAUACUUUUCUGGCAUUUUUUACAAUAUAUUCUUUAAAUAUAAAAAUUGACAAGAUAAAUACAAUUUUACCUAGCCUAUCUGUGGUUUUUCUAAGAUCCAUCAUUGAUUUUAUAAAAAAGUACCAGGCCAAGAAGCAAUGGUCAGAGUAAUUCUCCCUUUAAGUUCCUUGAGCAUCCUGGCCAGGCAAGCGUGUAUCAUACCCGAUGUACUUCUACCGUUGACAGCGAGAAGAAUGUCACCACAUCUAAAAAGAACACAGCACUGAGAUCAGAACCACUUCAUGGUUGAAGCUCCUCAAAGGGACUUGAGUGGUCCUAGGGUUUGCCAUAUUGGUCCAUUUUAAUUCUGAUCUGAUCUUCCCUCUUCACGUAAAUUCUUCAAGCUCUACUCGGCUUGCAUUAGAAGGUAUAGUAGUAUAUAGGAACUUGAGAGGUAGGACCAAGGCCGGUUAUAAUUUUGGGUUUCUUACUACCUAACUAGUACACUCAUGUUUUCAUUUCUCACUCUUCAGGAAAGUAUAAUCUAUGCUUUUUCUUUCAAGUGGGGCCAAGUUUUUACAUGUAGAAAACAAAAAUACUUGAAUAUUAUUUUUUGCUAAGUAAUCAUUACCUGAUUCUUCCGUCAUUGUAUGCAGGUGUUCCUUCAACAAUGGACUUGAUAAAAAAAGGUUUGUUCCCACUGUAUUCUUCAUAACCUCCCACAAUGCAGAAGCCCAGGCUUCCAGCUGUGUUCCUUCGCAGUAUCACAUCUUUACAGUUACAUAAGUACCUGAAAUAGAAUGUAAUUAAUGUCUAUUUAAAUGAGUUUUUAGCUGUGACUUCUCUCAUUCAUUUUUUGGGGACACUUUUAAAAUGAAAAAAUACUGCGUCAGCUUUUGUAUUUUGAUCUCUUUUUUCCAUAGCUGAAUACCCUUUCAACAAAAGGACUUAGUAUUAUUUUCUAUUUGUGUCUCUGCUGAGAAAGAUGGCCACAUUUUUUUGGCUAAGGACAAAAUAAUGCAUGAGCCAGAAGUAGGAUAUGUCUCGAUACUUCUAAUGAUAACCCACAGUGGAACAUAUUGAGGGGGUAUAAUUUUAUAUACUUGGGGGCUCAUAUAAUUUGUAAAGAAGACAAACAUUCUCAGAAUUAGCGAUUAAUUGCAAGGACAAUAAUUUUAACUUAUGCUAAUGAACUUCACUAAGUUGUAAGCUUUCUAUUGACCCUUGGAAAAUACUAGUUUAUACUCACACAAACUGAAGACUGUAGACAAAGUGAAUGGAAACUUGGCCAAAAAUAGUGGAGUGGUUGUUGUAGGAAAAUAACAUGGCAUAGCUGCAGCAAAGAGUACAGAGGGGAGGGAGGAGCACAGCUGGCCUGAGAACCAAUACCACCUUCAACUAGGAGAGUCGCGGCUGUCAGACCUAAGUGCAAACAGCUGCAUUAGAGUAGACAGUGUGUCGGAAGAUGGGGGUGGCUCUAGGAUCAAGGGAUCUACCACAUGUGUAUCUAUGGUCUAGGAACUGCUUUUGACUGGAAGAUAGUGUUUUUAUGUUGGUAGAAAUGAAGAUGUUUUGUUUAUAGACUGUACCUUAAAAUAAUCAGUUGCUUUUUGAUAAUCAAUAAAAAUGAUCUUGUGAAAUAUUAA